UUUUCAAUCUGCAAAAGGCAACAAAUCCGAAUAAAAUAAAAAUAAUCAAAAAAACGCCUGUAAACUCCAAUUUUUACGGAUAUUUACUGAAAAAUGGAUUCCAGUGAGGUGUCGGACGAGAAGGAGAUCGGCCCGGAUGUGCAGAUCAACUUCCCGGAGUCCGUGAUGAGCCGCAUCGAGGAGAUGAUGGGAGAAACGGAGCAGUUUGAUAAUACUGAGUUCUCAGCGGUGGCGUACAUCAACGCGCUGUUCCCCACGGAGCAGUCGCUGGCCGGCGUGGAGGCGGCGGCGGCGCGCGCGCAGUACCGCCUGCACCGCGCCGCGCAUGCGCUGCAGGAAGCUCUGCAAGGGGCGGCUCGAGGCGGCGAGGGGGCGGCGGCGGGGCAGGGGGCGCGCGCGCGGGGGCGGCAAGCGCUCACUGAUGCGCAGACGGUCAUACAGGAACUGGCUUCACAGGUAUCGGACAUCAACGGUCGCGCAUCCCGCUCCGCCGCUGCCGUGCGCGAGAUCACGCUCGAGAUCAAGCAACUGGACCGCGCCAAGGUGAACCUCACCAUGGCCAUCACCGCGCUCAACCACUACCACAUGUUGUGCGGGGGCGCCGACACGCUGGGGGCGCUGACGCGGGGGCGCGAGUACCGCGCGCUGUUGCCGCCCCUGCAGGCCAUCAUGGAGGUGUUGCAGCACUUCGAGGGCUACCAGGACAUCCGGUCGCUGAACGCGCUGCGCGACCGCGUGACCGCCAUCCGGCAGACGUUGGCCGACCAGAUCUACCAGGACAUCAAGGACGCCUUCACAGCGGGGUGCAAGCGCACGGUGCCGCUGAAGACGGUGAGCGAGGCGGCGGCCGUGCUCGACGUGCUCAACGCCACGAACAAGCGCGAACUGCUCGCCUGGCUCGUGGACCAGCAACUGCAGGAGUACCAGCACCUGUUCGCGUCCAACCAGGAGGUGUCGUGGCUGCCGCACAUAGAGCAGCGCUACUCGUGGCUCAAGAAGCUGCUGCUGGCGCUGGAGACGCGCGCCGCGCUGCCCCCGACCUGGCGCCUCAGCGAGCGCAUCGCCACCAAGUUCUGCGAGAUCACCCGUCGCGACUUGUCGUCGCUGCUGGCGGCGCGGCGCGCGGAGCUGGACGUGAAGCUGCUGCUGUUCGCCGUGCAGCGCACCGCCAACUUCGAGCUGCUGCUGCACAAGCGCUUCAACGGUCCAGAGGAGAGUACGGAAGCGCCGCAAGAGACCGCUGAAGCCGAUCCGGACAUCGUCAGUUCGUGGCUGGGCGCGAUCGGCGCGUGCUUCGAGCCGCACCUGCCGCUGUACGUGGCCUCGCUCGAGCAGAGCCUCGCCAGCCUCAUGGAGAGACUCAUUGAGGAGUCCCGCGCGCCCCCCGCCCCCGCCGCCCCCGCGGACGCGCUGGCCCCCGCCGGCGCCGUGUUGUCCUCCUGCGCCGACCUGUUCCUGCUGUACAAGAAGUGCCUCGUGCAGUGCGCGCAGCUCACCACCGGCCAGCCCAUGCUGCAGCUGUGCGGCGUGUUCCGCGCGCAGCUCGCGACGUACCUGCGGGCCGUGCUGGCGCCCUCCCUCCCCGCGCCCGCGCGCGCCCCGCGCCCCGCGCUGCUGCGGGAGGCCAUGGCCACCAGACUGACUAAACAAGAAGUGGCGGCCGUGACCCGCGUGAUCUCGACGUGCGAGUACUGCGUGGAGACCACGGUGCACCUGCAGGCCAAGAUGAGGGAGAAGAUCACGCCCGCGCUCGCCGACCAGGUCGACUUCACGCCAGAACAGGACUUGUUCCACAAGAUGAUCGACAACUGCAUCCAGAUGCUCGUCCAAGACCUGGAACUAGCUGUAGAGCCGGCUCUGACCGCCAUGUCGCGCGUGUCCUGGCUGCACUUCGACACGGUCGGGGACCAGAGCUCGUAUGUCACUCAGAUCAUCAUGCACCUCAAGAACACGGUCCCGCUCUUACGCGACAGCCUCGCUUCCUCACGGAAAUAUUUCACCCAGUUCUGCAUCCGCUUCGCCAACUCUUUCAUCCCCAAAUUCAUUCAGAACAUCUACAAGUGUAAACCAAUCUCGACGGUCGGUUCGGAGCAGCUGUUGCUAGACACGCACAUGUUGAAAACCGCUUUAUUGGAAGCGCCAUCUUUCGGCUCCGAAGUGAAGCGGCAAGCGCCGCACACGUACACUAAAGUGGUCAUAAAACUGAUGACGAAAGCCGAAAUGAUUCUGAAGCUGGUGAUGGCGCCGUUAGACUCAUCAAACCCGGAGCUGUUUGUGAGUCAGUUUGUUCAGCUGCUCCCUGAAGGGACGUCCCAGGAGUUCCAUAGAGUUCUGGACAUGAAGGGCGGCAAGCUGGCGCGGACGCAGCUGGCGGAGCUGGACGCGCUGUUCAAGAAACAUGCGCAGGCGCAGGCGGACAAACUGCAGGGGAUACAGUGAGCCAUUGAAGCAGGUUGUAAGACGAGUGUAAUAAGUGAAGUUAUGAAUGUGUAGUAACGUGGGGGUUUGCUCUUGUGAGUACACGUUGGGAUCAUGAAGUGUUAUUUGAUGCUUUUCGGAGGUGAGAAUGAUGCAAUUGAUGUAUUAAAAGGUG